AUGAAGAUUGCUUUUUCAUUUUUGAAAUGUUGGGAAGCGGAUUCUAUUAGAACCGCAAAACCAGGAGUCUUCAAACACCCAGAUGUCUCGCUCCCCGAAGACAUUGAGUACUCGUUGGCUGUCAACCACAAGUACAUACUUCACCCUAAGCCACAGAACCAUGACGUUGCCGAGGCAAAGGAUAAGUUCGCUAGAACAAUCCGCGUCAAAUGGCAAUUUAGAAACCGUCAAAACCCGGAGUUUAUACCCAAAUUCCAUGUCCCGAAUCCAUUCUGGCAACCGCAAAAGGCAUCAUCCGCCGUUGAACUUGGCAUCCAGGAAGCUAUGAAGGAGAUUGACCAGCAAGUUGCUCAGGCUCUUUCCCGCGUAGCUACCACCGCCCCCAAGCAUGGAAACAUGCCUUGGAACAGGGUUCAAGACUUCCUACAAGAAAACCGUCUCAUAGUGAAGCUCACAGAUAAAAAUCUGGGGAUUGCGGUAUUUCCCAAAGAAUGGUACAUCCACGAAAACAUGAAAAUGUUAGGAGACAUGACAACCUACCGGAUGGUCAACUCCUUGGACAUGGAAAAACUCCUCGACAGACUCCUCAACCAGCUACCUAAAUGGUCGCUGCCCCAUAAUAUGGAGCGCUUUGUGGAAGCUAAAACAACGACUCAGGUACCAGUGUUUCACACGAUACCAAAAGUUCAUAAAGAACCUUGGGCGUUGCGGCCUAUCGUACCCUCACACUCAUGGGUAACGAGCCGACUUUCCGAAGUGAUUGAUUACCUCUGUCGUCCGAUACUCGAUCAUAUGCCGUGGGUUGUGAACUCUACCAAAGAAGUGAUCAAUCAAUUGAACGAGAUUAGGACCGAUCGGGAAGAUGUAUGGAUAUGCACUGGAGAUGUAGUUGCAUUUUACACCAACAUCGAUGCUGAAGCAUGCGCCAAUCUGGUACAAGGCGGAUGGCAGCAUUACUACCCCGAUUCGAAAAUUCACGCACGGAAAAUUGCCCAAAUGAUCCGUUUCGUGAUGCAAAACAAUUACUUUCGGUUCCAAAACCAAUUGUACCAGCAAAUUAGAGGGUUGGCUAUGGGCACGGCCUCUGCUCCCGUAUUAGCCAACAUCUACGCUGGAUACUACGAACGCAAACAAAGGAUCCCUUGGAAACAAGGAGUAUUGAAAUACAUGCGGUAUAUCGAUGAUGUACUCAUGAUCUUUUGUGGAACUGAAAAAGAGUUGACAGAAUUCAUUGCGGAAUUCAAGUUAGGUCCACUUACUGUCAACUGGGCUUAUUCAAAGGUGAAGAUGGAGUUCCUUGAUGUAGAAAUCAUGAGAACGAGAGACCUGACGGGAGUCAAAUUGACCACCCGCCUCUUCAAAAAACCAAUGAAUAAGCACUUGUACAUCCCAUGGUCGUCAGCUCAUCCUCCACAUGUGAAGAAGGCCUUCGUCAAGGCAGAGCUCAUACGAUUUGCCAUAGUUAGCUCAGAAGUCGGGUAUUUUGCAGAUGCUCGCUCACAGUUCUAUGGUAAUCUUCGAAGGAGAGGGUAUCCUUCUGAAGUACUGGAUAACUGGUUCCGUCAAGUGUCCUACGAACAACGGCCCCUAUACCUUGCUCCCAAGGAAAAGAGUGAGAAACAGGAAGCGCCUCUUAUGUUGUCCGGACAGUAUAAUCCAGUGUGGGAGUACAUAAACGUUGAAGAGAUUAUUCGACAAGCGAGAAGACAUUGGUUUCAGGAAAAAGAGCUACCUGACAGUCUUAAACAACCGCUUAUUCGAAGUCUCCGUCGGUAUACUAGUCUUGGUGACUUACUAUCGAUGUGGAACAAGACGGUGUUACACUUUCCCAUGUUGGAGUCCGAAACACAGUAG